AACCGAUUCUGGCAAUGGCUGAGGCCUUCGAAGUUGAUGUCUAGUAUUAAAUGUCACUUUUCAAAGAUAUCAUCGUCGAAACAAAAGGUAUCAAUCGCUCUCAAAUCGGACGCUCGAGAAGACGGAAUGCAAUGCUGCCAGGGAAGGUUCAGUCUUCGAAACGAAAUCGCCCACAUGUACCGCUGGAAAACAGGAAGAGGACAGUUCAAGCAUGCAUUCAGUGUCGUACAAGUAAAAAGAAAUGUCGGCCAGGUCCUCGAAACCAAUGUGCAAGUUGUGCGCGAUCUAGACAAGCAUGUGUGUUUGAAAGCAUUCCCCCUAGGCAACAUGAGACCCAGCGAGAGUCGCCGAAAGUAACCAAUUCACCUCAAGACGAUCUAUUCCGCUGGGCUAACAUGGCAAAUGACAUCUCAGCCCGGUUCAACGAAAUUUGCCCCGGAAACGCCUUGGAUCCGAACCACUUCUCAAUAAUAUCUGGCCUGUUCCGCGAAGCUGUUGCUGGCCAGGGUCAACGUCUCGACCUCAGUCACGACGCUUCGGACCACGAGACAACAUCUCCCAGAUCAGGUGUUGAACGCGAAAUGUUGAUUUCCGAGCAAGGCUUUUUGACUGCGGUGUCUGAGACAAUUGCUCCAGACCAUCCUCAGAACGAUAAAAGCGCCUCGCCUGUCCAUAACUUACAACAUCAUCAAGACUCGAGGUUACUUGUUGCAGGCAUAGCCAAGCUUCCACCAUAUCGGGAGGCUGUGUCUCUUACCGACGUCUUCUUCACGUAUCUCGAAUCCAACUGGUACUAUUUUGAUGAAGGCUGGUUUCGUGGUCUACUGGUACAGGUUUACCGGGAAGAACCUCUCGCACCACAAAUCCAUUGCACAACCUUGUGCUUGGUCUUCCUGGUGCUCGCUCUGGGUGAAUCCUUCCUCCAUGUCAACCAAUCGAGUCCAGCGGAUUUACGUCAACAAGACCUUGCUCUGGAUGAGCUUCCCGGUAUUCAUUUCUACCAGGUGGCCAUGGAAUUAAUGCCUAGCGUCCUAAGUACUACCACUGUUGAGAGCGUGCAGUGUUGCCUCUUGAAGGCGUUGUAUACCCUUCCAACUCAGAACAGCUCUUAUUUUUAUACCUACUCUGGACUUGCGUUGCGCCUAGCAGUCAGUCUUUCGCUUCACCUUAACACAACUGACAAUAAAGUCACGCCCGAGAGUCGUGAAGUGUCAACUAGAGUGUUUUGGACUGCCUAUUGUAUUGAAAGACGAUCAUCGGUUGUGAUGGGCUUCCCGACAAUGCUACAGAUGAAAGAUAUAACUGCCCCUCUCCCUCAGAAGAGGCCGGACUUGGACAAACUUCGUCCCCAAAAGGUGGAUCGUCUCAUCGCCUUCACGAAACUGACCUUGGUCCUGAAUAAAGUCACCGACGCAAGUCCCGUCGAUGAAAAUUCGGACAAGUUUUCUUGGGCGUGUUCGACCCUCGAGGGUUGGAAGCGAUCUCUGCCCGCCCACUUGGUGGCUCUUGAUACAUUGUCCUUGCGGGCCACUGCUCAUCUUGAUAUCAUGUACCAGAUAAUCUGGAUCUAUAUUGGCCGGGCAGCCCUAUUGCGUCUUGUUCGAAAGCGGCUUCGCCAAAGUGAUGGAGGGGGAAAGUCGGACCUUUCUACAACCGAAAAACUCGCCGAUAAAUGCGUCAACGCCGCCCAUACCAUUAUUGAAUGGAUUAACCUUCUAAGCAGCCACAAUAAGCUUGCCAAAUUCUCCUGGACGGAUUUCCACUCUUGCUCCUCCGCGAUUAUCGUCAUACUCUUGAAUGAGGUAUUGCGUACACGAGAUCUGUCCUCGUCGACCAUUGACCAUGGUAUUGACGCUCUGCGGUUCAUGGCAAGUGGUAGUCGGCUUGCCAGAGAUGGGCUCCAUUUGGUCGAACGCCUACGCGCCAGUGUUCGCAAACACAAAGCAUCAGGGCAAAACGGCCCAACAUUGGUGGCCCGGAACGACAAUGCAGCAGCCGAAGCCCCGGGUUUAUCAUUGACACAAGACACUGGUGCCGAGUACACUCCUUCUGACUUUUCGAACUUUGACCCGGCGUUGUUCAGCGACCUGGAGCCCUCGUUACUCCAAUACUCAAGUCAAGACCUCUCCCUCUUUGGUUUUGACGGCUUCUUCCCUACGGACGAAGCGGAUGGCUCCUUGUGGAGCUGGGACGAUCCAAUGAACCCGGCGCUGCCAUGGUAAUCCAACGCCUGGAGAGACCUUCAGCACGGGAAAAGAUCUCCUUCAUCUUCAAGCGCACACUCCGGGACCAUUUACAGAGGCCAUAUCAAAGAUUCGACUGGGGAGGAAGCACGUCACUUCUCAAAUCUUUACAUUGCACAAAAGGAAAAACAAAAAACAAGAAAAAAGUCUACGCAUGUUCUAAUAUUUUGUAUCUGUACUAGGAUCCAGCUAUUUAGGCAACAUUCUGGCUGGUAAAUCAGCUGUUCAAAAUGCUGUGCAAAUUGGAUCGGUCACGUUGACGAUGAUGAUGUUAUGUGUAACUCAAGGUUGAAUCCAGGAUACUCAUGACAGAAGAUGGAUGUAACCCUAAGAUAUACCCAUAGGUCCAUUGUACAUGAGGCGUAAGGCGUCGCAACAGGUGGGAGGAGAGCCGAGGUCAUUU